ACCACACAGGAUGUGACAGAAGCUGAUAGACAAAGAGCUGAAGACAUGGCACAAACGUUUAAUGGAAAACCAGGAGACCUGAUCGAGAUCUUCCGUAAGGACUAUAAGCACUGGGCCGUCUACAUCGGAGGACAAAUGGUGGUACAUUUUGUUACAAAUGUUGUUCAGUCGUCUGGCUCGUCGGCGAGUCUGAGCAGCAGCAUCGGAAAGGUGAAGCGUGAGAAGCUCACCGAUGUGGUCGGUAAUGACCGUUACCAGGUCAACAAUCUGCUGGAUGACAAGUACGAGGAUCGUAAGCUUUCCAUCAUAGUGAAGGAGGCCUGUAAGAUGGUGGGUCGCGAGCUACAGUACAACCUUGCCACUUACAACAGUGAGCACUUUGCUACCGAGAUGCGAUACGGCAAGGCAUUGUCUCUGCAGAUUAAUGAAAAACCAGGAGACCUGAUCGAGAUCAACCGUGGGCCCUAUCAUCACUGGGCCGUCUACAUCGGAGAGAAUGAAGUGGUUCAUUUCACUACAGACGGUGUUCAAUCAUCUAGCUCGUCGAAGAGUCUGAGCAGCAGAGGAGAGGUGAAGCGUGAGAAGCUCGCCGAUGUGGUCGGCAUUCACCAUCACAUCAUCAACAAUCUGCUGGAUAACAGCCGUAAGCCUCGUGAUCCUUCCGUCAUAGUGAAGGAGGCCUGUGAGAAGGUGGACAGCAAGCUACAGUACGACGUUAAAACUUACAACUGUGAGCACUUUGCUACCGAGAUGCGAUACGGCAAGGCAGAGUCUCUGCAGUGUAAUGGAAAACCAGGAGACCUGAUCGAGAUCUUCCGUAAGGACUAUCAGCACUGGGCCGUCUACAUCGGAGGAAAUGAAGUGGUUCAUUUCGGUACAGAGGGUGGUGGAUCGUCUGGCACGUCGGUGAGACUGAGCAGCAGCAAAGGAUAUGUUUUGUGUGAGAAUUUCGCAGAUGUGGUCGGCAGUGACCCUUGCAGUGUCAACAAUCUGCUGGAUGACAGGCGCAAGCCACGUGAUCCUUCCAUCAUAGUGAAGGAGGCCUGUGCGAUGGUGGGCCGCGAGCUAAAGUACAACCUUGUCACUUACAACUGUGAGCACUUUGCUACUGAGAUGCGAUACGGCAAGGCAGAGUCUCUGCAGGUUAUUAAGAAACUGAUCAAAGGCGCCAAGGUCGUGGGCGCCUCAGUCGUGGGCGCCUCAGCCGUGGGCGCCUCAGCCGUGGGCGCCUCAUACAAGUAGAUGGGGCAUAUGCUGUCUGUAAAGCUCCGCUCAGCAUUAGUCGAUUCCAGCAAUUAAGAGGAGGAGGAAGACAACAAGAAGAAAACAAGAACAAACACUGGCAACAAUUAAUGUUGGCAUGUAGCUGACAGUGAUUAUGAUUUAAACUUUUUAAAUAAACGAUUUCACUUGUGCAAUCUGGAGAGAAAAAGUUUGUUGUUCAACACAGUUAAAAGAGAUUUGACCUUGAAUCAGAUAAGACAAUAAGGCAUUAAAUCAUCUGGAUGAUAAGACUAAAAACCUCAGACGUCACCUUGGAUUAAAAAAAAUACUAAUACAAAAAUUCCUAUAUCUGUUUAGUAGCACCUCUAUAUAUCUAGUAGCACUUAUAUAACACUUACAUAUAGCACUUUGUAGUUUGGCUUUCUUGAAGCAAAUUGUACUUGAUUCUUGUUGCUCUGGGUUUGUUCUCUCGUGGUUGAUGCUCUUAUUGUGACUUUGUAUAAAAUUGUCAGCUAAUUGAAAUGUAAUGUGAUGUGAU